AUGAGGAAACAGGUCCUCCCCCGCCUGCCCCCGCUGUUAGUGCUGAGACGCUCCUGCUCCAAUGAGAUCCUGGGCCUGAAGCUGCCGUCGGAGCCGGUGCUGAACGCCAACACGGUGUGCCUGACCCUGCCGGGACUGACACGGCGGCAGCUGGAGGUGUGCGUGCGCCACCCCGACGUCACUGCCUCGGCUAUCCAGGGCAUCCAGAUUGCCAUCCACGAGUGCCAGCACCAGUUCCGGGACCAGCGCUGGAACUGCUCCAGCCUUGAGACCAAGAACAAGAUUCCCUACGAGAGCAUCAUCUUCAGCAGAGGCUUUCGGGAGAGCGCCUUCGCCUAUGCCAUCGCGGCCGCCGGCGUGGUGCACGCCGUCUCCAACGCCUGCGCCCUCGGCAAGCUGCAGGCCUGCGGCUGCGACCAAAAGCGCCGGGGGGAUGAGGAGGCUUUUCGGCGCAAGCUGCACCGGCUCCAGCUGGAGGCCAUGAACCGCGGCAAAGGCAUGGUGCACGGAGUGCACAUGGAGCACAUGCCGGCCGAGACCCCCGGCCUCCAGGACUCCUGGGAAUGGGGAGGGUGCAGCCCCGAUGUGGACUAUGGGGAGAAGUUUUCCAAGGAUUUCCUCGACUCCCGGGAAACCUACAGGGAUAUCCACUCCCGCAUGAGGCUGCACAACAACCGCGUGGGCCGGCAGGUGGUGAUGGACAACAUGAGGAGGAAGUGCAAAUGCCACGGCACCUCAGGGAGCUGCCAGCUGAAGACGUGCUGGCAGGUGACGCCUGAGUUUCGCCUGGUGGGGUCCCUGCUCAAGGACCGCUUCUACGGGGCCACCCUCAUCCGGCCCCACAACCGCAACGCCGGGCAGCUGGAGCCGGGCCACGCUCGGCAUCGCCGCCGGCUGGAGCUGAAGAAGAGGAAGGUGGGUGGCAGCAACAGGGAGGGACAUCAGGGUCCACCAGCAAUUCCAGCUCGUUGCUUCCGUGAGGCAGAUGGAGGAGGCAAAAGCAACCUGCUUCAGGGGAGCUGCAAUUUCAGGAGGGGGUCCACGUUGUUGCGGAUGGGUGAGGGCACAGGGAACCUCAAAGAGGCUCCAGGGCUGGCAUCAACCAUCCAGGAGCAAAAAGAGCCAUCUUGUGCCCAGAAGGGCUGGCAGCCGGAGGCAUGA